AGGGGCUCCGGAGCCGUGUCGGUUACCUGUGAGCUCCGUGGUGGCUUUUCUCAUGCACUAUGUCUAAAUAAACGUUUUGUCGCCCAUUUAACGCCGACAUCGUCCCUUCCCAGUGUGUGAGAUUUACAGGGAGCGCGCUGCCAUUUUCGCAGAUUUAAAAAGCCCGAUGGAGACUGCAUCGAGUGCCCGACGCUCCUAACCGCCACCUUUAUAAAGCUGGUCGGUGGACUUUCGUGCAGUUAGUUGGUUAAUGGGCUCGGCACUUCGCUGCUUUUUAGCCAGCAAAGCGAACUGGAGUUAUCUUUAGCUUCUGACCAGCACGGCGCGUGCCUCUCCCGCUAGCACCCUGGCUAGCUGGUUAGCUAGCUCUUACAGUGUUUAUCAGAAGAUUUGCAGGAAUCCCAUUCUGAAAACACAGGCUAUGGAGGAGCAGAGAGCAAGGAGUUUAAGUGCACGGUGUGCUCGCUGUCAUUCACCAAAGAAAGCCAACUUCAGCGUCACCUUCGUGACCAUGAAGCCAAUGACAAGCCACACCGUUGUGACCAGUGUCCCAUGUCGUUCAACGUGGAGUUCAACCUCACGCUGCACAAAUCCACGCACGACCUUAAGAACCUCACCUGUCCGGUAUGCUGCAAGAAGUUCUCCCGGGCGGCCAGCCUCAAGUCCCACAUCAUGCUUCACGAGAAAGAGGAGAACCUAAUCUGCUCGGAGUGUGGGGAUGAGUUCAUACUGCACAGCCAGCUUUCCCUGCACCUGGAGGACCACCGCAAGGAGCUCUCUGGAAACAAGGUCUACACCUGCAAUGUCUGCAGCAAGGACUUCAAGAUGUCCUCACAGCUGAAGGAGCACAAGAAGAUGCAUGUUCGGAAGAGGCCCAUCUUAGGAAGUUCGAGAAAUUACAAGAAGAACAUAGACAGGAGCGGUUUCACAAAUACUUGCCAACACUGCGGGAAGACGUUCAAGAAGCCCAGCCAGCUGGUUCGGCACGUCCGCAUCCACACAGGUGAAAGGCCAUACAAGUGCACACACUGUGGGAAAGCCUUCAACCAGAAGGUGGUGCUGCAGACCCACAUGGUGCGCCACACGGGCGAGAGGCCUCACUUCUGCACAUUGUGCCCCGCCUCCUUCUCCCAGAAGGGCAACCUGCAGUCGCACAUCCAGAGGGUUCACUCUGAGUCCAAAGGAGUACCGGUGUAUCCCUGCCUCGACUGUAGCUGUGUCUUCAAGAGACUCGGCAGCCUCCAUGCUCACACCAGCAAGAUGCACAUGUCCAUCGUGGAGGGCCCAGCUCAACCCCAGGAGCCGGUGGAGUCAGUGCAGGUUCCCCAAGGAUCAGAGAGGGUGACAGACGUGAUCCAGCAGCUGCUGGACCUGUCGGAGCCAGUGGCGGGGGAAGGUCCUCAGGUCCAGUGUACACAGCAGCCACUCCCCAUGGACGCGGCUCUCAACCAGGACAUCCUGCAGCAAGCCCUGGAGAACAGUGGCCUGAGCGCCAUUCCUGUGCAGUCGCACACCCAGAACGGCACUGUGUCGCGGCCCACCCCUGCCACCCAGAGCCAGGGCUCUGAGAGUGCCACCGCCGGGCCCUCGGCUGGCCCGCCAGAUCCGGGCAAGGGCUCCGGGUCGGACAAGACCAAUCGGAAAGGGAGGAAGAGCAUCUACAAGAAGCACGUGCAAAUGCCAGGCUCCAUCCGUGAGGAGAACGGCAUCCGCUGGCACGUGUGCCCCUACUGUCCCAAGGAGUUCAAGAAGCCCAGCGACCUGGUGCGUCACAUCCGCAUCCACACACACGAGAAGCCCUUCAAGUGCAAGCAGUGCUUCCGCGCCUUCGCCGUCAAGAGCACGCUGACAGCCCACAUGAAGACCCACACGGGCAUCAAGGCCUUCACCUGCCAGUGCUGCAUGAAGUGCUUCUCCACCUCGGGCAGCAUGAAGGUCCACAUGCGGCUGCAUACGGGCGUGCGGCCGUUCCCGUGCCCGCACUGCGAGAAGAUCUUCCGCACGUCGGGGCACAGAAAGACCCACAUGGCGUCCCACUUCAAGACCGCACAGCAGAAGAAGCAGCGCUACGCACGCAAGGCACAAAGGGUGCGGGUGGUGAAGAGCAGCCUGCCGCUGACGGACAUCCCACUGCAGGAGCCCAUCCUCAUCACAGACCUGGGUCUUGUGCAAAACCAGAUUCCCCGCAACAGCCUGUCCAUACAGCAGUACCUGGAUGUCAUGGUCAACGACAGACCUUAUAAAUGCCCCUACUGCAGUAGGGCGUACAAGAAGUCCAGUCACCUGAAGCAGCACGUGAGGUCGCACACGGGCGAACGGCCGUACAAGUGUAUCCAGUGCAGCAAGGGCUUUGCCUCAUCAGGCGUGCUGAAGUCACACAUCCGCACACACUCUGGCCUCAAGGCCUACAAGUGCCUCAUGUGUGACAGCACCUUCACCACCAGCGGCAGCCUCCGGCGUCACAUGACCACGCAUAGCGACGUACGGCCCUACAUGUGCCCCUACUGCCAGAAGACCUUCAAGUCCUCCUCUAACUGUCGGAAGCACAUGAAGACGCACAGGUACGAGCUGGCCCAGCAACUGCAACAGCAGGGGCAGGAGGCAUCCGGCGAGCCCUCCCUCGACACCUCCAUCGCUGGCGUGGGAGAUGGCGCUACCAUACAGGUGGAGAUAGAGGCAGACGCUCUGCAGCAGUCGCCGGCUGUGGGUGCCGACCAGCAAAGCAUGCUGGGGCUGCCCCAAGCACAGGUGGUGGGCGGCUCCCAGCAGGAGGCACUGCAGGAGCAGCUGGCCGAACCCCCACUGGUGCAGGACGAAGACGCACUAGUGACAUCCCAGCAUGCUCUGCCUCAGAACAUCGGCCAGUUUGAGAUGCAGAGCUUGCCUCAGCAAGCCUUCGACCAGCAGACGCUGACGCAAGGCUUCCCCAUGGCGGACGGCUUUUCCCAGCAGCCCCAGUUCCCCACCGUGCAGCAGCUACAGGACUCUAGCACCCUGGAGUCUCAGGCCCUGUCCUCCAGCUACCACUCCCAGAACCUGCUGCACGUGCCCAGCACUGAGACGAGCCGUCUGCUGCAGGAUCCACCUCAGAACGACCUCCAGCUCCCCGCCCAGGACUUCCAGGAGGACAGCGAUGACGACAGCCGGAGGGUCUACAGGUGUUCCUUCUGCAACAAGGGCUUCAAGAAGUCGAGCCACCUCAAGCAGCACGUCCGCUCACACACGGGCGAGAAGCCCUAUAGGUGCCACCUGUGUGGCCGGAAUUUCGUGUCAGCAGGCGUGCUCAAGUCCCACCUGAACACGCACACCGGUGUGAAAGCCUUCAGGUGCAACGUGUGCGACGCGUCCUUCACCACCAACGGCAGCCUCAACCGCCACAUGAUCAUGCACCUCAACAUGAGGCCGUACAAAUGCUCCAUUUGCUCGGAGACCUUCCGCACCAACCAGCUCUUCAAGAAGCACAUGAAGAAAGACCACAUAGCACCAGCUAGAGCGCUGGAUGAGAAUGGGGAGGAAGAGGGCGGCGCAGAGGUGCCGGCACACAAGCGCAACCGCACCGACAUCAUCACCUUCACGGAGGAGCAGGCGGCGGAGCUGGCCCGCAACGAGCCCAGCGAGGACGCGUCCGUGUCUGAGAAGGUGCUGGUGCAGUCCGCAGCCGAGCGAGACCGCGUCAGCGAGAUGAAGGACAAGAGCGUCGAGCUGGAGAGCGAGCCUAAGUUCGCCAACCGCUGCAACUACUGCCCCAAGAGCUUCAGGAAGCCCAGCGACCUCGUGCGACACAUACGGAUCCACACAGGAGAGAGGCCCUACAAGUGCGAUUCGUGUGGAAAGAGUUUCACGGUGAAAUCCACCCUGGACUGCCACAUCAAGACACACUCAGGCCAGAAGCUGUUCAGCUGCCACAUGUGCAACACCUCCUUCUCCACCAAGGGCAGCCUGAAGGUUCACAUGCGCCUGCACACGGGCUCAAAGCCCUUCAAGUGCCCCAUCUGCGAGCUGCGUUUUCGCACCUCCGGCCACCGCAAGACGCACAUCCAGAGCCACUACAAGUCCAACUUGGAGGCCAAGCGGGGAAAGAAGCCCGGCGAGCGGCAGAACCGGUCAGAGGCCCUGCCCUCUGUGGGCAUGCUGCAGAGUGGCUCUGCUGAUGCCACCGAUGUGGAUCCCGUCUACAUCUCCGGCAACCCUGUGAUGAGCAGCCCGUUUGAGCAGAACCUGCUUCAGCCAGGUGUUGUGGGCCAGGCCAUCCUGCCAGCCUCCCUGUCCAGCGGUGACCUGACGGUGUCUCUGACUGACGGCCUGACCACACUGGAGGGCAUCCACCUGCAGCUCAGCACCACCAACCUGGUGUGCCCCAACGUUCAGAUCUCUGGCAUCGACACCAGCAACAUCAACAACAUCACGCUGCAGAUCGACUCGAGCAUCCUGCAGCAGACCCUCUCCCACCAGCUGACCGGCGACGCGGGGAUCGCCCAGAUCUCCGGCGCUCACCUCAUGGCGGGCGACUCCGCCGUGCCCGCCAACGUGGUGAUCCAUCCGCUGACUAGCCUGUCCCUGCAGCCGUCGGCAGCAGCCGGUGGCAUGGGCAUGGCGGGGCUGGCCGAGCAGGACGCCGUGCUCACGGCCACCAGCAGUGGCUCCCAUGACCUGUCACAGGUCAUGACCUCAUCUGGUCUGGUGGCAGCCAGUGGUGGCGGACAGGAGAUUACUCUGACGAUUAACAACUCCAGCCUGAGUCAGGUACUGGCCCAGACCUCGGCCGCGGGCCCCUCACAGACCUCAGGCGACCCCCAGGAGAUCACCCUCACCAUAUCGGGUCAGGACCUCAUGCCACAGCACAGUGCAGCUGGGGGCCCGGAGCUGAACGGCGGAAUUAGGCUCACGCCGUCUAUGAGCGCCCAGGCCAACGGCGCCGCUCUGGCCAUAGGGAAUGAGCAGCUUCUACCUCAGAGCCCGGCAGGCACUGGGAUCACAGAGAGCAGCCUGCCCCCCACCACAUCCCUGUCACAGACGCCCACGUCCACCCAGGGCCUGGUGAUGUCGUCGUCGGGAGUGGGGAGCGACGGAACCGUGACCUUCACCCUGGCAGACACGCAGGGCAUGCUGUCAGGAGGCCUGGAUGCUGUCACGCUCAACAUUGCCUCACAGGAGCAGCAGUUCCCUGCCAUUCUGAGUGACGCUGGUCUCCCGGGGCAACCCACUAAUUCCACUCAGCAAGUCAUACUGGUGAGCCACCCGGCUCCGGGCACGGUCGGCCCCGACGACGGCUUCAGAAUCCCCGAGGCGAGCCGGCCUCCAGCCAAGGAGCACUCCGGGGAGGCGUCACAAGGCCUGCAGCCGUGUUUCUACUGCAGCCAGGUGUUCCUGAGCGCCGUCAUGCUGCGGCGGCACUGCAGGCAGGCUCACGGCAAGGAUCGCUGCCACGUGUGCCGCAUGUGCAACAAGGCUUUCAAGAGGGCCACACAUCUCAAGGAGCAUGAACAAGUCCACCAGCAGGGGCCCUCGCUGAGCUCGCAGAGGCCGCGCACCUUGAAGUGCUCCACCUGCGAUAAGGCCUUUGCCAAGCCCAGCCAGCUGGAGAGACACAACAGGACGCAUACAGGAGAGCGGCCCUUCAAAUGCCCGCAGUGUGAGAAAGCUUUCAACCAGAAGAGUGCCCUGCAGGUGCACAUGGUGAAGCACACAGGAGAGAAGCCCUACAAGUGCGAGGUGUGCUGCAUCAGCUUCACGCAGAAGAGCAACAUGAAGCUGCACAUGAGGCGCUCACACAGCUACGGGAGCAGCAAGGAUGUGUCCAUGACCCAGGAGACAGCAGGGGAGGAGGAGGUCGCGUCUGGGCUGGAUCUGGCCGAGGUGGUGCAGGAGCCAGCCGCCGACUGGCAGUGUGGCAUCACCAAUGUGUUCCGGUAGAUUCUAUCACACUGUUACCUCUCCCCCAUCCCCCCAAACUCACUGGCAUACUGAAGCUCUUCCAUUUACCCCCCAUGAUGGGCAGUUAUCCAAACCAGCCUCCUUGAGUAACUGUUCAAGUGCUUUGGUAGAGGACCUUCCCAAGUCCAGGCGCAAUAAGGAUAUAGAGACUAACCAUUUUCAAUCAUUUUUUUAUAUGAACCCCCCCCCCAACACAUGCAUACACACAAGAGUUGAUUUUUAAAGCUUUCACUGUAAAUGCUGUCCUUCCUAGAUGUCAUUUUUCUCUGCCUGUUCACACAGGUGAGCCGAGAAAGGCACUCAGAUUUGUCACACCAGAAUGUACGCUGAAUUACCUCAGCUGGUUAUGAAGUCCAUCUAGUUCUGUAUCAGAAAAACAGUCAGAUAAACUGGAGGAGAAGAUGCUGAGGGCAAUUUUGUAUUAUUUUAGAGCACAUCAAUGUGUCCAGAGAUCCCUUAUUUCUCUUCCAGUAGAAUAUUUAUGCAUGUCUAUCAACAAGUUGAUCUUUCGAACAUCUUAACCUUUUAGUCUAAGUGGGAUAACUAACUAGUAGUAGAGUAUAACACAAAGUAUAGUGAAUUAGUACCUAAGUGUCUGUUACAGGAAUGUUAUCCCUGACUGCUUGCACUCCAAAAAAAGUGAAUUAUGCAAUACUCCUUAAAAAACUCUAGAUUUUAAAGGGUUGCUUGUGAGAACUCAAACUGAAAUGUAUAUGAUUAGACCCACUUGUAGUUCUAGGUGUCUGUUCUCUAAAAGCAAAAGGGACCCGUGCCUUUGUGUAGACUGUCGGCAACAUGAACCCCCCCUCGGCUACACCGAGUUUGCCAACUGGGUUGUUGGGUGGGGGGCACAUGGUGGGGUCACGUCCUGCUCUUAAACGGUAGGCGGGUACCCAGGGCUGUGACCCUUUCCAUGCAUUUGUUUACCAUGGUACGUGGUACUGCCACACAUUUUGUGUAAAUAUACACUUUUUCUAAAGGACUAGUCACUCUUGGUUUACAUGAUGGUUAUGGAGGGUACGAUGCUGUGGAAAGUUGUGGAAUAUCGAAGUGUAGUUUAACGUGCUGUCAUAAUGUUUUCAUUUGUACAUUAGUUCUAAUUUGUAUGUAUAUACUGUAUAGAUUGGAUAUGUUUGCCGUUUCCUCACAAUAUAGUGGCUGAAACCUCAACGUCAAAUUUUCCCUCUGUUUUGUUACGUGAAGCUAUGCCACAUGUACAGAUAAGCUGUAUAGUUUGUAACAGGACAUUGUUAAAGUAUUUAUGUGAGAAUAAAUUGAGUACUUUUUACAAAUUA